ACCCAAACGAGUUGACUUGACAUUCAGUCUGACUGCAUUCAGUCUGAGGGAUCUUGUGAGUGAACCAUUGCAAUAGUGGCGUCUCGUUUUUUACAGAGAGAGAUAGUUGAAUAGCAGAUCUCUUUCCUAUCACCACCACCCACACCACGUGGCCGUCUCGCCUUUCCUACGAUCGCCAUGUGUUCAACCAGCUGUCAAGAUUGCAUUCAGGUUCAACUCACCUUUUGGCCUGUUAUACAUAAUUAUUUGAAGGCUAAAGUUUGUUAACUUAACAACUUCCAUGGGACCUGAACUACUCCCCACCGCGAAACCACCUCAUCCCAUCAGCCAAUGUCCCCUGUGCCAGUCACCCCCAUCUCCGUCCACUCCAUGCCCUACGUGUAUAAAUAUGCGACGCUACUGGGACUUGACCAGUGUUGCCUCCUCCAAACAGGUGGACCUGACGUCUACUCCCACCGACCUCUCCUUCCCCGGUCCUGGCCUGGUCUAUCAGAGUCCAAUUUACGGGAAUCACGUCGUAGCGUCGAGACCGAUUGAGACGGGAGAGCUUAUUAUCCUCGAAAAACCGCUCCUCGUUUCGCCGUACGGGCCGUCAGAUAAGCUCCCACUCUGUCUCACCUGCCAUCGAGAUGUCGCCCUUUCGACAAAGUGUCCACGGUGCAAGUGGCCUGUUUGCGGUGAUGUUUGUGCUCAGGAUCCUUGUCACGCUUCGAAUGAGUGUGACAUACUUGUUAAAAACAAUGUCAAGUCGCGGGGUUUGCCCAACGAAUAUUUUUCAAUUGAAACACUUCGUUGCCUCCUACUUCGCAAGAAUUCACCCAAAAAAUGGGCACGAAUCUUGGCUUUUGAAGCACAUCUCGGUCCGCGUGGAGAAAGUAUGAAAGCCAAAGAAAUGCUCCAAUUUAUUUCAAACUUUAUCCUGGACAAAUGUGGGCUAGGAAAUGAGUUUGACGAAGCUACCGUGGAUCACGUCGUUGGCGUCCUAAGUGUGAACACCUUUUGGGGAUUUAAUGACUUGGAGAGGUAUUCGUCCGUUCUGUUUGAUAAAGUAACCCUAUUUGCACACGACUGUAAUCCAAACACUAUCCGAAAAUUGAUUCAACUUCAACCCCCAGCAUCGCACAACAACAAUUCCUCUUCGGUGAACGAAUCGUUACAUUCUUCUCAAGAUUCUGGAAUUGCUAUCAUGAUUCAUGCUGCUCGCAAUAUCCUUGCUGGCGAAAGCAUUACGAUACAAUACGUCAAUGUCAGUCCAGGUCACUACACGGUUGAAGAAAGAAGAGCAGAGCUUCUCGAAUUGUUCUAUUUCCACUGCACGUGUUCGCGAUGUCUGGAGGAGCUGGUGGAGUUGGAGUUGACUACAAAGCUCUCUAUCAACGAAAAUGGUAACGAAGAGACCGAAGCCAAUUCCACGACCAAAGAGAACGAGUAUGAAAAUCAACUCAAUGGAAAUGUCGAACUACUUGUGGACAACUAUCUUAUGCAAGAGUUGAGUUGACGAUGGCAUAGUUUAGCAUUCAUAAUUGUUAUUAUUUACGACUCCAUUUGAUUGUGAUUUCAAUAAAGAUAUUGUGCGAUACAUGAACCAGGACGUCAAUAAAUGUACGACUAAUUUCGAG